AUGCAUGUUGAGGCUAAGGACAAAGGACAGCAUCCCCUAUUGGGGCAGUGUAAAGUUAUAGUGCACGUUACAGAUAUGAACGACAACUAUCCAGAUAUCACCGUUAAAUCUUAUAAGAGCACAGUUAAUGAGAACAUUCCCGUAGGGACAGUCAUAGCUAUCGUAGGUAUAAGCGACAGGGACACAGGUGACAAUGGCAAAGUGAGCCUAUCUAUAAACCAAAAGCUGCCAUUUGUUUUGAACAAGUCAUCUGACGUCCUUUAUGAGCUUGUAGUCUCAAAGCCAUUAGACCGUGAGCAAGUCGCAGAAUAUGACAUCACACUCGUUGUGACGGAUGGUGGAACGCCCUCUUUGUCUGAUAAUGAAACGAUAACUUUACAUCUAUUGGAUGUCAAUGACAACGCGCCACUUUUCCCCCAGUCCUUCUACACUAUACCCGUUAUGGAGAAUAACGCACCUGGGGCCUUGCUAAGUUCCCUCACUGCGUUUGAUCCAGACCUCCAUGAAAACCAGUAUCUAGUUUAUUUCAUCAUAGAGAAGGAGAUAGUGAACACCUCCAUGUCCAUGCUGUUCUCCAUCAAUCCGGAGAACGGUAAUCUUUACGCACUAAAGACGUUUGACUAUGAGAUAGAGAAGGAGUUCCUUUUCCACAUUGAGGCCAGAGACUCUGGUGUUCCUCCACUCAGCAGUAACGUGACUGUCCACAUCAUUAUUGUGGACCAGAACGACAACACCCCGGUCAUAGUCUCUCCGUGGCGCGCGCACGGCUCCAUGGUGGAGGAAAAGAUCCCCAGAUCCACCGAUAAAGGAUCUCUGGUCUCCAAGGUGAUAGCCAUAGACACGGACUCGGUCCAGAACUCUCGGAUUACAUACCAGUUUCUACAGGUUACUGACGCCACCUUAUUCAGUCUAGACCAAUACAACGGAGAGGUCCGUACUAUGAGAAUGUUUAGUUACAGAGAUCCGCGUCAUCAACGGCUGGUUGUCAUCGCCAAGGACAAUGGGGACCCUGCUCUCUCUGCUACAGUUACCAUAAAGCUCUCAACAGUGGAGACUGCCGUUAAAGCCUACUCUGACAUGACUGAAGUGCCUCUGGAAUAUGACAUAUUUUCAGAUUUAAACUUGUAUUUGGUGAUCGGCCUUGGCUCCGUGUCCUUUCUGUUAUUGAUCACCAUAUUGGUCACCUGUGUGCUGAAGUGUCAGAAACCAAUGCCCAGCAAAGCGGCUCCUCCAAGUAGGAAACAGCGUGAUCAGUGAGAGGAACUCGACCAUCGCAGAUUCCACCCUGGUCUCCAACGAUGCCUACUGGUACAGUCUGUUUCUGGCGGAGACUAGGAAAGGAAAGCUGGUAGUCAGACAGCCUGUGCCAAAGGCGGGGUCCAGAUACAUCGUGUCCAGUAUACCAAGGAGCACGGGAUUGACAGAGACCAGCGACUCAGCAGCUUCUACUUUGCAGGUAAUACUAAACUCUUCAUUUCAGAUAUUUAAAUUGUUGUUUCUAUGUAGUCUAUUGUCCGUGUAUGACUCUUUACACAUUCUCCUUGUGUGUACAUGUCUAUACAUUAUUUGAUUAUUAAACAGAAGAUACUUCAGGGUUUAUAAAAUAAUACUCAAUCUCUAUACCAUAGGUCUACAAAAACCUUUAAAAGAUAAAUAUAUAUGGCAAAACCAAAUAAAUCACAUAUAGGCUAACUUGGGGCGGCAGGUAGCCUGGCGGGUAGGAGCAUUGGGCCAGUAACCGAAAGGUUGCUGGAUCGAAUUCCCUAGCUGACAAGGUAAAAAUCUGUCGUUCUGCCCCUGAGCAAGGCAGUUAACCCACUGUUCCCCGGGCGCCGAAGACGUGGAUUUCGAUUAAGGCAGCCCCCCGCACCUCUCUGAUUCAGAGCGGUUGGGUUAAACGCGGAAGACACAUUUCAGUUGUACAACUGACUAGGUAUCCCCCUUUCCCCUUCAUUCUUAAAUUCGAUAAAAAUCUUGCAGGCAAUAAUGUUCCACACAGUCAAAAGUUUGGACACACCUCUCAUUCCAGUGUUUUGCUUGAUUUUUGACUGUUUUCUACAUUAUAGAAUAAUAGUGAAGACAUCAAAACUAUGAAAUAACACAUAUGGAAUAAUGUAGCAACCAAAAAAGUGUUAAACAAAUCAAAAUAUAUUUUAUAUUUUAUAUUCUUCAAAGUAGCCACCCUUUGCCUUGAUGACAGUUUUGCACACUCUUGGCAUUCUCUCAACCAGCUUAAUGAAGUAGUCACCUGGAAUGCAUUUCAAUUAACAGGUGUGCCUUGUUAAAAGUACAUUUGUGGAAUUUAUUUCCUUCUUAAUGCGUUUGAGCCAAUCAGUUCUGUUGUGACAAGGUAGGGGUGGUAUACAGAAGAUAGCCCUAUUUGGUAAAAGACCAAGUCCAUAUUAUGGCAAGAACAGCUCAAAAAAGCAAAGAGAAACCAGUCCAUCAUUACUUUAAGACAUGAAGGUCAGUCAAUUCGGAACAUUUCAAGAACUUUGAAAGUUUCUUCAAGUGCAGUCGCAAUAACCAUCAAAUGCUAUGAUGAAACUGGCUCUCAUGAGGACCCAGAGUUACCUCUGCUGCAGAGAAUAAGUUCACUAGAGUUAACUGCACCUCAGAUUGCAGCCCAAAUACAUUUUUCACAGAGUUCAAGUAACAGACACAUCUCAACAUAAAUUGUUCAGAGGAGACUGCGUAAAUCAGGCCUUCAUGGUUGAAUUGCUGCAAAGAAACCACUACUAAAGGACACCAAUAAGAAGAAGACACUUGCUUGGGCAAAGAAACACGAGCAAUGGACAUUAGACUGGUGGAAAUCUGUACUUUGGUCUGAUGAGUCCAAAUUUGAGAUUUUUGGUUCCAACCGCCAUGUGUUUGUGAGACACAGAGUAGGUGAACGGAUGAUCUCCACAUGUGUGGUUCCCACCGGGAAGCAUGGAGGAGGAGGUGGGAUGGUGUGGGGGUGUUUUGCUGGUGACACUCUCUGUGAUUUAUUUAAAAUUCAAGGCACACUUAACCAGCAUGGCUACCACAGCAUUCUGCAGCGAUACGCCAUCCCAUCUGGUUUGCGCUUAGUGGGACUGUCAUUUGUUUUUCAACAGGACAAUGACCCAAAACACACCUCCAGGCAUUGUAAGGGAUAUUUGACCAAGUAGAGUGAUGGAGUGCUGCAUCAGAUGACCUGGCCUCCACAAUCCCCCGACCUCAACCCAAUUGAGAUGGUUUGGGAUUAGUUGGACCGCAGAGUGAAAGAAAAGCAGCCAAUAAGUGCUCAGCAUAUGUAGGAACUCCUUCAAGACUGUUGGAAAAGCAUUCUUCAAGAAGCUGGUUGAGCGAAUGCCAAGAGUGUGCAAAGCUGUCAUCAAGGCAAAGGGUGGCUACUUUGAAGAAUCUAAAAUAAAAAAAAUAUAUAUUGAUUUGUUUAACACUUUUUUGGUUACUCCAUGACUCCAUAUGUGUUAUUUCAUAGUUUGUAUGUCUUCACUAUUAUUCUACAAUGUAGAAAAUAGUAAAAAUUAAGAAAAACCCUUGAAUGAGUAGGUGUGUCCAAACUUUUGACUGGUACUGUAGUUUUAGUCAGAUGUACAACCUUGUUAUAUGCACAAAGUGUCGCUAUUUACCAGCUAAACACACUCGCUUGUGAUGCAAUAAUCGCCAUGACAGUUUGUCAUGAAGAAGGCAGUGUACAAACGCAGUGGAUAGCUCCCAGUGCUGAACCGUCAAAAAGGAGAUUAUUCUGCCCUGAUCGCCCUAAAACACCAAAGGAAUUGUGCUAUGCUGUUUUAAAGAUCUUAUUCUGUUGUCUCACGUUUUGUUUGACCUGACUGCUUUGUCAACAAAGCUCACAAAUAUAACAAUGGAGGCAUGUAUCAGCGCACAGCACUGGAGAAGGUACGUCUCGGUAUUUCUUAUUUUCUCUGCGGUCCUGAACACGGCAUAUGCCGUUACUCACUAUUCUAUUCCUGAAGAAAUGGAGGAGGGCUCCGUUGUGGCUAAUCUUGCAGCUGAUUUAAGUUUGGAUGUGAAAACAUUGAGUAAACGUAAGAUGCGGUUGGACAUUAUCUCCAAUAAAAAAUAUCUGGAUGUGAACAAAGAAACGGGGGAGCUGUACAUUGUAGAGAAGAUGGACAGGGAAUAUCUUUGCCCUGCUAAGACAUCUUGUUUUCUUAAAAUGGAAGCUAUUAUUGAAAAUCCACAACGGAUCUUUUACAUCGAAAUAGAGAUAAUGGACAUAAAUGAUAACGCCCCCCAUUUCCGAAGAGACACCAUUAACUUGGAUAUUUCAGAAGCAACACAGGGGGGUGAACGAUUUUCUGUUAACAAUGCAGUGGAUCCUGACGUUGGUUCGAACUCAGUGAAAACAUACCUACUGAGCGAAAAUGAGCACUUUACAAUCGAAAUUCAGACAGGAAGAGACGGGUCAAAAUUUGCUGAUUUGAUACUGAAAAGUGUGUUAGACCGAGAGGAGCAGGCAGUUCAUAAUCUAAUACUCACCGCUGUAGACGGUGGAGUCCCUGCGCGCUCUGGUACAGCCAGCAUAGUUGUUCGCGUUUUAGAUACGAAUGACAACGCCCCAAAGUUUGACAAAGACAACUACAAAAUCGAUAUAAUGGAAAACUCACCUAUUGGAAGCCUUGUUGUUAAAUUGAAUGCAACUGACUUAGAUGAGGGUACAAAUUCGGAAAUAAUAUAUUCUUAUAGCCUGUACACGUCAGAGAAAACACAACAAACAUUCCAUUUAAACCCUAAUAAUGGUGAGAUCACGGUAAAGGAAAUGAUCAAUUAUGAGGAUUUCAGGAUCUAUGAUAUGGAAGUAAUUGCAACGGAUAAGGGGCCCAAUUCCUUGUCAGGUCAGUGUAAAUUAACAAUUUUAGUUACGGAUAUGAAUGAUAAUCAUCCCGAAAUAUCAAUCAAAUCAUUUCAAAGCCCUGUAAAGGAGGACAUAGCAGUAGACACGGUGAUAGCAGUAGUCAGUGUCAGCGAUAAAGAUUCAGGUGAAAAUGGGAUUGUUGAUAUUCAUAUUGCCGAUACAUUACCUUUUGCGCUGAGAGAGUCUUCUGAUAACUAUUAUGAGUUAGUAGUUUCACAACCUCUGGAUCGUGAGAAGAUCCCAGAAUAUGACAUCACCUUUACCGUAACAGACAGGGGUUUCCCUCCUCUAUCUGACAAUGAAACUAUGACUUUAGAACUACUAGACGUUAACGACAACGUUCCACAGUUCCCCCAGUCGUUCUACACUAUACCCGUUAUGGAGAAUAACGCACCUGGGGCCUUGCUAAGUUCCCUCACUGCGUUUGAUCCAGACCUCCAUGAAAACCAGUAUCUAGUUUAUUUCAUCAUAGAGAAGGAGAUAGUGAACACCUCCAUGUCCAUGCUGUUCUCCAUCAAUCCGGAGAACGGUAAUCUUUACGCACUGAAGACGUUUGACUAUGAGAUAGAGAAGGAGUUCCUUUUCCACAUUGAGGCCAGAGACUCUGGUGUUCCUCCGCUCAGCAGUAACGUGACUGUCCACAUCAUUAUUGUGGACCAGAACGACAACCCCCCGGUCAUAGUCUCUCCGUGGCGCGCGCACGGCUCCAUGGUGGAGGAGAAGAUCCCCAGAUCCACCGACAAAGGAUCCCUGGUCUCCAAGGUGAUAGCCAUAGACACGGACUCGGUGCAGAACUCUCGGAUUACAUACCAGUUUCUACAGGUUACUGAUGCCACCUUAUUUAGUCUGGACCAAUACAACGGAGAGGUCCGGACAAUGAGAAUGUUCAGUUACAGAGAUCCGCGUCAUCAACGGCUGGUUGUCAUCGCCAAGGACAACGGGGACCCUGCUCUCUCUGCUACAGUUACCAUAAAGCUCUCAACAGUGGAGACUGCCGUUAAAGCCUACUCUGACAUGACUGAAGUGCCCCUAGAAUAUGACAUAUUUUCAGACUUAAACCUCUAUUUGGUGAUCGGCCUUGGCUCGGUGUCCUUUCUGUUAUUGAUCACCAUAUUGGUCACCUGUGUGCUGAAGUGUCAAAAACCAAAGCCCAGCAAAGCAGCUCCUCCAAGUAGGAACAGCGUGAUCAGCGAGAGGAACUCAACCAUCGCAGAUUCCACCCUGGUCUCCAACGAUGCCUACUGGUACAGUCUGUUUCUGGCGGAGACUAGGAAAGGAAAGCUGGUGGUCAGACAGCCUGUGCCAAAAGCAGGUUCCAGAUACAUCGUGUCAAGUAUACCAAGGAGCACGGGAUUGACAGAGACCAGCGACUCAGCGGCCUCUACUCUGCAGGUAAGAAUAAACUCUUCAUUUCAGAUUAGCGAACUAUUUGACUUUAAUCUGGUUGUCUAUGUAUGACUCUUCAUGCAUUCACGUAGUGCGUAAAUGUCUAUACAUUUGUUGUUAUUCAAGAGAAAACACUUGUGGGGUCAUGAAACAACAAGUAAUCAACAUCAAGUUGGUCUACAACAAGUUUUAUAAUAGAAAUGUUUGGCAAAAAACGGAGAUCACAUAUCGGCUACCUUGGUCUUUCAGGCAAUGAUGCUUCACACGUUUGCAUCCAUCUGUCUAGAAUUAGCUAUAAUAUUCAGACAUAGUCCAACAAAGUCGAAGGAAGAACAGAUGUACAAGCUUGUUAUAUGCACAAAGUGUCGCUGUUCACCAGCUAAACACACUCGCUUGUGAUGCAAUAAUCGCCAUGACAGUUCGUCAUAGUAAUUAAGGCAGUGUACCAACGCAAUGAACAGCUCCCGGUGCUGAAACCAUCAAAAAGGACAUUAUUCUGCCCUGCUCGACAUAAACGCCAAAGGAGUUGCUCUAUUCUCUUGUAAACAUUUUAUUAUCCUGGUUCACGUUGUGUUUGACCUGACUGCACAGUUACCAGGACACAAAAAUAUGACAAUGGAGGCGCACAGAAGCGCAGAGCACUGGAGAAGGUACGUCUCGGUCUUUCUUCUUUUCUCUACGGCCCUGAACACCGUAUAUGCGGUUACUCACUAUUCUAUUCCAGAGGAAUUAAAGGAAGGCUCUGUUGUCGCCAAUUUAGCUGCUGAUCUGGGACUAGACGUGCAGGAACUAAGUAGACGAAAGAUGCGGUUAGAUGUCAUAGCCAAUAAGAAAUACUUGGAUGUGAACAAAGAAACAGGAGAGCUGUACAUUGUUGAAAAAAUUGACAGAGAAUAUCUUUGCAUAUCAAAAACAACAUGCUUUCUCAAAUUGGAUGCAACAAUUGAAAAUCCAAUAAGAAUGUUCAACAUUGAGUUGGAAAUAUUGGACAUUAACGACAAUGCGCCUCAUUUUCGAAGAGAUACAAUGCACUUGGAUAUAGCAGAGUCUACUCCUGCGGGCGAAAGGUUCUCAUUGAACAAUGCGGUGGACCCAGAUAUUGGUACGAAUUCAAUUAAAACAUACUAUCUGGGUGAAAGUGAGCACUUCAAUAUAGAAAUCCAGACUGGAAGAGAUGGGUCUAAAUUUACUGAUUUGAUUCUGAAAAAGGCUUUAGACAGAGAGGAGCAGUCGGUUCAUAAUCUAAUACUCACUGCUGUAGACGGAGGAGUCCCUUCACGCACAGGCACAGCGAAUAUCAUUGUCCGUGUGCUGGAUACAAAUGACAACGCCCCUAAAUUUGAUCGGGAAAGCUACAACAUUGAUAUAAUGGAGAAUUCCCCAAUUGGACGUGUAGUAGUGAAACUGAAUGCAACGGAUUUGGACGAGGGGUCCAAUUCGGAAAUAGUAUAUUCAUUUAGUCUUUAUACAUCAGAGAAAACGCAAGAAACGUUCAAUUUAAACCCUAAUACCGGUGAAAUAACAGUAAAGGAAAUGAUAAAUUAUGAAGAUUUUAGGAUAUAUGAUAUGGAAGUUAUAGCAACGGACAAAGGAACUAAUUUUUUAUCUGGACAUUGCAAACUAACUAUCUUAGUGACCGAUAUGAAUGAUAAUCAUCCCGAAUUAUCAAUCAAAUCCUUUCAAAGUCCAAUCAAGGAGGAUAUAGCAGUAGACACGGUAAUAGCAGUGGUUAGUGUCAGCGAUAAAGAUUCAGGUGAAAAUGGAAAAGUCGAUAUUCACAUUGCUGAUCAAUUACCUUUUGCGCUGAGAGAAUCCUCUGGUAACUAUUAUGAGUUAGUAGUUUCAGAGCCUCUGGACCGCGAGAAGGUCCCAGAAUAUGACAUCACUUUUACCGUAACAGACAGGGGUUUCCCCUCCUCUAUCUGA